UCAGGACCUAAUAGUCUUUGGCAUCUUGACGGAAACCAUAAGCUUAUAAGGUAAAGAUCAGUUUGUAUGGCAAAAAAAUUAAAAAAUUAAUCACCAGAACUUUAUUUGCAAUCGAUAAAAUCACCAUAGCAAUAAUAAUGAUAAUCCUUUUAGUCUGAGAACGUCAUGUACAUAUAUUAUUCCGAGGAAUUAUAAUUACUCUACUGCAGUUUUUCUUUUCUUUUGUGUAUAGUUUUUUACAAGACUCUCAUAAAGAUGUUGUUCAUAAUAAUGGUAAUAAUAAUAAUAAUGAUGAGAAUAAUAAUAAUAAUUAUACCGAUUCCAAAUAGAGUGAAUCUUCAUGUGGAAAGGAUUUCUUGAAGUGACACCUUUCCUGUUUUGUAGGUGGAGAUUGGUCAUUCACGGGGGCAUAGACGGGUAUUCGCGUUUAGUGGUUUACCUUAAAUGCUCGGAUAACAACAGAGCUGAGACCGUUGGGAAUUCGUUUCUAGCUGCUACCGAAGAAUACUGUUGGCCUUCCAGAGUAAGAACAGACAAGGGUGGUGAAAAUGCUGUGGUUGCUCGCUUGAUGAUAGAAAGGAGGGGAGAAGGACGCGGGAGUAUACUUCAAGGGAGCUCCGUCCAUAAUCAAAGAAUUGAGCGGCUUUGGAGAGACAUGAGGAAGAUGGUCUCGGAGUACUAUAGACGGUUGUUCUAUUUUCUCGAAAGCCAUCUUUUACUCGACCCGAUAGGAGAAGUAGACUUAUUUUCCUUACAUUUUGUGUUUAUUCCAAGAAUAAAUAACAGUUUGAGUCAAUUCAGAGCUUCUUGGAAUAAUCACAAAUUAUCGACAGAGGGACAAAAAACUCCAAAUCAACUUUACAUUCUUGGAAUGCUUCGGUUGUUUGGUUCAAACUACACUGCUGUCAAAGACUUCUUUGAAGAUAAUAGAGUUCCUGAAAACUACGGGAUUUCCGAGCCAGAAGAGGUAGACGCGGUAAACGAAGAUUCUAACGGAGCGGUUGUCUUACCGCAAAAUGCAAUUCAAAUGUCACCAGAUUGCCUAAGAGAGCUACAGGCCACGGUCAACCCUCUCGAGCAAGACGGGAACCAUGGAAUUUCUCUUUACCUUAAAGCUAGGGAAAUAAUCACUCGGUCUACCCAGGUAGAAUGA